AUGCAGUUCGUUGUUGCCGCCGUGCUUGGGGUAUGCUCCGCAGCCCGAUUGGACAACACCUACCUCCCUCCUAGAGGAGGCGCAGGCUCAGGAUUUGGAGGAAGUAGCGGUUUCGGAGGCGCCUCUGGUGCUUUUGGUGCAAGCGGUGCCGGCGGAUUUGGAAGUGGCGGUAGCGCUGGUGGAUUCGGAGGUGCCGGCGGAUACAGAGGGGCAGGAGGUUCUGGUGCGUUUGGGGGUGCCGGUGGAGCUGGAGCAUACAGUGGCGCUGGAGGAUCUGGAGCGUACAGUGGGGCUGGAGGAUCUGGAGCAUACGGUGGGGCCGGAGGAUCUGGAGCAUACAGUGCUUCCGGUAACUACAGGCAAUCCGCUGAUGCCAACGCUCAGAUCCUCAGACUGAACAGCGAUGUCACCGCUGAAGGAUUCUCUUAUGACUUCGAAACGUCCAACGGAAUCCGUGCUGAUGCAUCCGGUGUAGCCACAAACGGAGUUCAGUCUCAAGGCAGCUUCGCUUACAAGGGCGACGAUGGACAGGACUACAGCAUUACUUACACUGCUGAUGAGAACGGAUUCCAGCCCCGUGGCGCACACCUCCCCACCCCACCCCCGAUUCCUGAAGCUAUCUUGAAAUCUUUGGAGCAGAACGCUCGUGAUGAGGCUGCUGGUAUCGUCGAUGACGGUUCAUACCACGGUGAAGGCGCUGGAUCUGGAGCUGGCGGUUAUUCCUCUGGUCCUUCUGCUCAAUAUGGCGCCCCAUCUGGUUUUGGUGGCGGUUCCCGAGGCUCAGGUUUUGGUGCCGGUGGUGCCGGUGCUGGCAGCGCUGGAUUUGGGGCCGGUGGUUCUGGAUUCGGUGCCAGCGGCUCUGGAUUCGGCUCUGGUGGAUCUUCCUUUGGUGCUAAGGGGUCUGGCUUCAAUGCUGCUACCUCUCGUCAGUACCUAGCGCCUAACGCUGGUCCCCGUGGCUCAGGAAACGGCAACUUCAACUCGCAAACCGGUUACCGUUAUUAA